AAUUUUGAUCCCCCGCACCCCCGAACGGUCGAUAUCGCUUCGGAAACCCCCCACCCCCCAAGGCCAACGAAGCGGCAGAAUAGGCGGCUAUUAUUAGGUGCGGACGGCACAAGGAGUCAUUGCCUCGUCGGUUCAAGUCUUCCUCGACCUCGACUCACAUGGUGUUGGUCUCAAGCGAUGGCCGUUUAGUCAUACGUAGUGAGCUUUGUGUUGAAGGGCAAGCACCAUAUAAGCGCUUCGCUACUGCGUUCUGUACAGCAAUCGUAGCCCUCAUGACGGUAUACAAUGCAGGUUUCUCCACCAUCGGAAAGAAUGGAACGACAAAUGCUCAGCCGGAACGUAUAAUGUUGAUUGUUGCAUUUCUCCAUGUAUAUUACAUAGUAAUUGUAUCCCUCUAUUGGAAUCGUAUCUUGGCAGGUCAGCUCUGUCCAUUUCCGGUGAGACGGCCCUGGCCAGGAUAUACCCGCCACCCGCUUGAACAAAAGCCAACAUCAAAACCACAUGUUGCACGUUUUGGAAUCCCCUAGGUUCAACCUGAUUACCAUCCAUCCAUUCUGCUCCACACGCGACACUUUUUUCUUCAUGCAAUCCCAAGCCUCAGCUGGAUUGUAAGCUGUGCAAUUUGUCGCUUUUGAGUGGUCGCAUUACGCCGUCCAUAUUGAGUUUCGUCG